AGCUUUCCACCACAGGGCUCAGUUGGGCCACGGAGCUUUCCACCACAAGGCUCUAUUGGUGGAGCAGCACCGCUGUUGCGGCCACCAACAGCUGCUUGAAGCCUGCAUGACGAGACUUUCAUUGACUUCAGCACUUCAGCAUUGUUAUUUGGCCAGCAUUGAUUGAAUGUGGGGCCGGGCCCCAACUUGUAGAUCGAGUUGCAGCUGGGACAACGGAUUCCAGCUGCCUGCAAGAAGUCAGUAGCAACGACAUCUACUGACGAGACCUUUGCGCUGGCCUAGCGCUGGCGCUGGCGAAGCUUGCCAAUGUCUCCGCUCUUGGCUGAACAGGCCAUGCGUGACCCCGCCCAAAAUGCUGACAAGCACUGGGCACAGGAGGACAAGUUCAAAGACGCAAAUUACAGGGUGUUCAGUUGAACAUGCACAGUCCUGCACAGUUCACAUCUCAAGCCUGUACCCUGUUGACUAGUGACACAGACUUUUGUUGCUUUCAGCUACAAUUUGUUGCCAGGAUUAUCGUUGCGGGUGAAGGAGUGAAGGAUGGAGUUCAGUUGGCGCAAAGCUUCACACGAUGAAUGCCAAAAGUUCAUGUGGCCCAAACGCAGCUUGAUUCAGAUGCAGCCAGUAGUUCAGUGGCAGCUGGGCCGCUUUGCGGCAGCCAGGCUGCUCACUCCAGGCCAUGGCCGUCAUUGUGGGAGAUUCCAAUGGCAUGACCAGGUUCAGUUCUCUAGAAUACCAGGCCAUAAUGUUUGUGCUGGCCUUCGUCAUGUGUGUGUGCAUGGCAAUUGUGGAGGUGGUCAUGAAGCGUUUCGCCCUCCUGCCAGUGCUUUUUCCAGGAGUGUUUGCAAUCCGCGAGAAGCGGCUUUACUUCUUUGACAUCGAAGUAAAGGAGGUGACCAUUGGCAAAGCCUUGAGAUGGGAGGCAAUGAUGAUCAUGCGAGUCACCUUGGCGGUGGUUCUCUCCUACCUUUGGGAGUUCUGCGUUUUUCAGUCCACUACACAUGUGGGCCGCGACUUCCCGUCUGAGGAGUGUGAUAGCGGGAUGGACUGCUUCUCGACCCAGCUGGAGAUCCAGACCUUCAUCAGCCGAAAUCAUCAGCCUGUGAACUGCAGUGCAGUGGACCGCCAUGGUUUUGAUGAGCAGGUGGUGGUUUCCUGUGUGAGAUUUGUCACCCCAUCCCUCAGUGCGUGGCUCAUGCACCUAGCCAUUGCCCACUCCAUGACGCAGCUGAACCUGAAAUCCUUUGGUUUGCUGGUCUGGUUGUGUGGCCAUUCUGUGUGGUUUCACCGGGCAGUAUUAGCGACAGCAAUCACAAGCCUGGUGAUUGUGUGUGGCUUGACCUUCGGCGGAGUUAUGACACGCUUCAACUCCUCGUGGUCCGGCUUUGUCAUCAGCUUCUCGUUCCCUUUGUUCUUUUGGAUUGUCUGGAAUUGCGGCAACAUCCUUAAGACGCUUUGGGCGCAAGAGAGUAGGCAAAUGCAAGAAUCCAUAGAGGAGAAGCUUGCGUUGGCCCUCCAAGACCUCGCGCGGAGGUCUGGGGAGGACUCACAGCUGGAGUUGGAUCCACAACCGGACCGUGUGACUAUGAAGAAGCGCAGCAUUUUCUCGCUUCAGGGCGCAGGGAUGGGGAUCUUCAAGAUGACCUCGCUUUUGAGAUCAAGCCACAACUCCAAUGACAGAUACGAGGAGAAGCCCAAAAGCUCUCGAGACGAAGAGGAGCCUGAGGCCGAUCCAGAGAGUCCACCAUCAGAGGUGGUGCCGAGUCUCAGCAGGGGCUUGCAGCACUUGUGAUGCCAUAGCACAGUAGAGACCAUCUCAAAGCGUAGAUGGCCAGAUCAGCUGCCACUGCAGAGCCAUUGGUGUUUACUGUCGUCGAAUCAUUGAACAUUGCUGCUGAAAAUGUUGCGGUCGGGUUUGUUGG